ACCCUGCGGAAAGCGAGAGCGAGGAGGAAGGGGGAGGGAAGAAAAAAAAAAAAGAAAAAAAGGAUCCCCCCUUCUCCCCCCCCCCCCUCGGUGCGAGGGGCAGAGACAGAGAGGGGAACGCAGCACAGAGCGGGGGCAGAGCGAGCGGGAAGCGGUGCCCGGCGCGGGGCGCGGAGCGGUGCCGCUGCCCGGCUGGCGAGGGCGGCCAGCCCCGGCCCCAGCCCCGGCCCCAACCCAGCGCGGCGGCUCCCCCGGGCCCGCGGGUGUAUGUGUGCGCGGGGCCAUGUCGUAUCCUCAGGGCUACUUGUACCAGCCGUCUGCCUCCUUGGCUCUCUACUCGUGCCCGGCGUACAGCACCAGCGUGAUUUCCGGACCCAGGACCGAUGAACUUGGGAGAUCUUCUUCGGGCUCCGCUUUUUCCCCUUAUGCCGGAUCUACCGCCUUCACCGCCCCGUCCCCGGGUUACAACUCGCACCUCCAGUACGGCACGGACCCGGCCGCCGCCGCCGCCGCCGCCUUCACUUCCUACGUGGGCUCUCCCUACGAGCACCCCCCGGCCAUGGCGGGCUCCCUGGGCUACCACCCGUACGCGGCGCCGCUGGGCUCCUAUCCCUACGGGGAUCCCGCGUACCGCAAGAACGCGACGCGGGACGCCACGGCCACGCUCAAGGCCUGGCUCAACGAGCACCGCAAGAACCCGUACCCCACCAAGGGCGAGAAGAUCAUGCUGGCCAUCAUCACCAAGAUGACCCUCACCCAGGUCUCCACCUGGUUCGCCAACGCGCGACGGCGGCUCAAGAAGGAGAACAAGAUGACCUGGACCCCGCGGAACCGCAGCGAGGACGAGGAGGAGGAGGAGAACAUCGACCUGGAAAAGAACGACGAGGACGAGCCGCAGAAGCCGGAGGAGAAGGGGGACCCUGGCUCUCCGGAUGCAGGAACGGCGGAACCCAGGGCCGCGCCGGGCUGCGAGCGUCUGCAGGAGCCCCCCAGCCCGCGGGAGGCCGAGGCCGGCCUCAGCGACUCGGAUUGCAAGGAGCCUCCGGAGGAGCGGCUCGACGGCCCGCCCAAAGCGCCCGGCGCUUCCCCGCUGGGGCCGUGCCCGGGGGGCCGCGGUCCGGGCCCCGAGGAGCCCCCGCCGUUCCGGCCGCCCUCCGCCGCCGCGGGGCCGCCGCACGUCGCCGAGCCGCACCCGCUGCCGCCCGCCGCCGCCUCCGUCAUCCACUCGCCGCAGCAGGCGGCCCUCGCCAAGCCCAAGCUCUGGUCGCUGGCCGAGAUCGCCACCUCGGCGGACAGGGCGAGGGAGGCGGGCGGCGAAACGGCGGCCCCCGGCCCCGCCGUGCUGGGAGGCGGCGGCCCCCCGCGCCCCUCUCCGCCGCGGCCCCGCUCGCCGCCCGCGCAGUGCCCCUUCCCCAACGGGGCGGUCCUGCCGCGGCCGCUCUACUACACGGCGCCCUUCUACCCCGGCUACACGAACUACGGCUCCUUCGGGGCCCUGCACGGGCACCCCGCCGGCGGGCCCGCCGCGCCCGGCGCCGCCUUCAAUGGAUUAAACCAGACUGUGCUGAGCCGGGCCGAGGGGCUGGGGAAGGAGCCCAAGGCGGCCAGGAGCCAGCCCCAGGCGGAGCUCGGCAAGGACUCGCCUUACGAACUGAAGAAAGGUAUGUCCAGCAUUUAAUGUCGGCUUCCCUCCUUCCCCCGCUGGGACUGUGCUUCGGUUCUUUUUCUUUUUUUUUUUCUUUUUCUUUUUCUUUUUUUUUUUUUAAUUUAUU